AUGUACGUGAGUUACCUUUUGGAGAAGGACAGCAGCAUGUACCCGAACUCCGUGAGACAUCCCAGCCUAAAUCUGAACCAUCAAAACUUUGUUCCUGCUCCUCCGCAAUAUUCGGAUUUCACCGGAUACCAUCACGUGCCUGGAAUUAGCAAUGACCCGCACCACAGUCAGACGGGCUCGUGGAACGCCGCUUACCCUGCUCCACGGGAGGAAUGGCCGCCUUACGGCCCGGGAACGGGGCCAUCUCCCGCUAAUCCCGGGCAGAUAUCUUUCACGCCCCCGGACUUUUCGCCCGUACAGCCACCUGGUCUUCUUCCGCCGUCAAUCAACUCAUCAGUCGGCCAACUUUCCCCAGACUCCCAGCGCAGGAACCCGUACGACUGGAUGCGUCGGAGCGCGCCACCGUCCAACUCAGGAGGAAAGACCAGAACCAAGGACAAGUACCGGGUGGUGUACACUGACCACCAGCGUCUGGAGCUGGAGAAGGAGUUCCACUACAGCCGUUACAUCACCAUCAGGAGGAAAGCAGAGCUGGCCACAGCUCUGAGCCUCUCCGAGAGACAGGUGAAGAUCUGGUUCCAGAACCGCAGAGCCAAAGAGAGGAAGCUCAAUAAGAAGAAGAUGCAACAGCCUCAGGCGACAUCCACGACCACGCCCACUCCUCCUAGCUCUGCCCUCCCCAACACUGCUGCCAUGGUGACAAGCAGCAGUGUUGGCUUAGUAUCGUCCUCCAUGCCCAUGACCAUCAAAGAGGAGUACUGA